AUGGAUCGGGCUCUGAGUUGCACGAGUGGCUACGUCGAGCUUGGUCAUUGGAGCCGUGUCGGCGUCGACGUCGGACUCUGUCUUGGCUGCGUCGUCUUGGCGGCUCUUGCCGAGCGACUACGGUACCCGUAUCUCUCGGCGCCACCCAUGCCGUCGCUCUUGCUAAAUGCGACGAGUGUCUACUCGUUGGAACUGACCAACUGGACAGUGGACGAUCACGUCUACCUGGACCGCAUGUCGGCCGCGAUGACGGGCUUGUUCACGUGGCGAGUGCGCGGUGUUAUGCAUGUCUUCGACAUCAAGAGCUGGCGGCAUUUCACGGCCACGGCCGAAUCCAAGAGCCCACUGGACCCGGCAUUUGUGCUACCUCUCCACCGCAUUUGA